CGAGGGGGGGAGGCGGAGUGCCGCUUCCGGGAGGGAGUCAGUCCUCCGAGGGAAGGAGCGGCAGGUGGGUCUCUCUGUCCUCUGUUCUGUCCCGGAGAGAGACCGAGGCCGCAGGGCCUCUUCCAGGCGGGCCCAGGCAGCAGAGGCCGGGAGGCGGCCCCACCAGUCCUCCCAGUUCUCCCACUCUGAAUACCAUCUGAGAGAAGAGGUGAACACAUCUUCAUCCAGUUUGGAGGCAGCCUAGAAGCACAGAACCAAGAUGGAAUGGCAAGAGCUAACUGCCGCCCAGUUAGAAGUAUUUUCUUCUGCUGUUGAGGAAGAGAACAAUAGAGCAUUCUGGGAGGACUCUUGGAGGAAAGUCCAGGAGAGAAGUCCGCACCAUUCAGAGCUCCAGUGCCAGCACUUCCGGUAUUUCCGCUAUGAGGAGGCCUUAGGGCCCCGAGAGGUGUGCAGCCGCCUCCACUCUCUCUGCCGCCUGUGGCUGAAGCCUGAGGAACAUACCAAGGCGGAGAUGCUGGACCUGGUGCUCCUGGAGCAGUUCCUGGCCGUCCUUCCUGCGGAGAUGGAGCGCUGGGUGAGGGAAUGUGGGGCAGAGACCAGUUCCCAGGCCGUGGCUUUGGCUGAAGGAUUCCUCCUGAGUCGGGCAGAAGAGGAGACAGAGAAGGAGCAACACGUGAGAGUGAGUCAGGAAGAGGAGAGGAAGCAGGAGAAGCUCCAGGUGCAGGACUCUUUUGCAGAUGAGACCAGUCAGGUGGAGGAGUCUCCUACAGAAACCAUUUGCAUUGUCCAGAUUGGAGAUGGAGACUAUAUCACAGUUGGAAGUGAAAUAUGGCCAAGUGAAAGUAGCACAACUUUUCAUCAUUCUUUCCUAAGAAGAGAUUCUGAGGGACCAGAUCAGGUGACUUUUGAAGAUGUGUCUGUGGAUUUCUCAGAGGAAGAGUGGGCCCUCUUGGAUCUAAGCCAGAAAACCUUGCACCAACAAAUCAUGGAGGAGAAUUUAGAGAUUGUGUCAUCUCUAGAGGAGACACCAUUUAAAUAUUUGGACGAUGGAAUGGAUUUCAAUACAAAUGAAGCACUCACCUUUUCCCAAGAAACUUACACAAGGGAUAAACCAUUUAAAUGCUUGGAGUGUGGAAAGAACUUCUGUCAGAAGGCACACCUUAUUCGUCACCAGGCAAUUCACACAGGAGAAAGGCCGUUUAAAUGUUUGGAAUGUGGAAAAAGUUUCUCUCAGAAGGUAAGCCUUGUUCAUCAUCAGGCAAUUCACACAGGAGAGAAGCCAUUUCUAUGCUUUGAUUGUGGAAAGAGCUUCCGUCAGAAAGGAACACUUUCUCGUCAUCAGGCAACUCACACAGGAGAGAAGCCAUUUAAAUGCCUGCAGUGUGAAAAGAGCUUCAAGCAAAAGAGAAACCUUAUUAGUCAUCAGGCAACUCACAUUGGAGAGAAGCCGUUUAAAUGCUUGGAGUGUGAAAAGAGCUUCAGUCAAAAAAGAAACCUUAUUAGUCAUCAGGCAACUCACACAGGAGAGAAGCCGUUUGAAUGUUUGGUGUGUGAAAAGAGCUUUAGUUACAAGAACGUCCUUAUUCAGCAUCAGGCAACUCACACAGGACAGAAGCCAUUUAAGUGCCCAGAGUGUGGAAAGAGCUUCAGUCAGAAGGGAGGCCUUGUUUAUCAUCAGGCAACUCACACAGGAGAAAAGCCAUUUAAAUGCUUGCUGUGUGAAAAGAGCUUCAGUCAUAAGAAAGGCCUUGUUUGUCAUCAGGCAAGUCAUACAAGAGAAACGGCAUUUCAGUGCUUUGAUUGUGGAAAGAGCUUCAGUCAGAAAGGAACCCUUUUUCGUCAUCAGGCAACUCACACAGGAGAGAAGCCAUUUGAAUGCUUGCAUUGUGAAAGGAGCUUCAGUCAAAAGAGUAACCUUAUUAGUCAUCAGGCAACUCACACAGGAGAGAAGCCAUUUCAGUGCCUGCAGUGUGAAAAGAGCUUCAUUCAGAAGAGUAACUUUAUUAGUCAUCAGGCAAUUCACACAGGAGAGAAGCCAUUUCAGUGCUUGCAGUGUGAAAAGAGCUUUAGUCUCAAGCAGGCCCUUAUUCAUCACCAGGCAACUCACACAGGAGAGAAACCAUUUAAAUGCUUGGAGUGUGGUAAGAGCUUCUGUCACAAGAGAAACUUUAUUCGUCAUCAAGCAAUUCACACAGGAGAAAAGCCAUUUAAAUGUUUGGUGUGUGGAAAGAGCUUUAAUUACAAAAACAUCCUUAUUCAGCAUCAGGCAACUCACACAAGAGAGAAGCCAUUUAAAUGCCCAGAGUGUGGAAAGAGCUUUGGUCAGAAGGGAGGCCUUGUUUACCAUCAGACAACUCACACAGGAGAAAAGCCAUUUCAGUGCUUGCAGUGUGGAAAGAGCUUCAGUCAUAAGGGAAGCUUUGUUCGUCACCAAGCAACUCACACAGGAGAAAGACCAUUUAAAUGCUCAGAGUGUGGAAAGAGCUUCAGUCGGAAAUCAUACCUUGUUCGUCAUCAGGCAACUCACAGCAGAGGAAAACUAGAGUGUGGAAAGAACUGCAGUUGAAGUACAAGCCGCCUUUUUAAAUUGUCAACCCACACGGAAGAAAUGGGGUACGGGCAAGUUCCCUUGUUCUACAUCAGAGAGUGCAUGAAUCGUGGUCAUAGAAACACUGAGUUUAAAAGCUAUGGCUUUUGAGGAAAAUAAUAACCUGAUCCAUUUUCUUUUAUAAAACAUCUCAUUAAGCAUAAGUGAUAAUAUUUUGAGCUAAAGGAAGAAUAUUUCAGGUUUUUUAUCCAUUCAUUCAUACUGAUUAUUGCAACUAUUUCCUGUCAUGUAUAUUCAGGGGUUAAAAUACAUUUAAUUGAGAAGUUUGAUGAGAAGUGUGGGAAUGAGUUCGAUUAAUGACUGACAGCCCCGUGUAUUGUGUAAUUCUGUGUACGUGGGACUCGGUUUUCUUUUAUGAAAUAUCUAAUAAAGCAUAACUGAUAAAUUA